AUGAACAAGAUAGCAGGUGCUGACGUGGCCAAACACAAUCACCGGCAAUCCUGCUGGAUUGUCGUGUAUGGCAAGGUUUAUGACGUUACAGGUGAAUUUGAAUUCGAAAAUAUCCCAUUUGCUGCAGAGGUUCACCAAUUCAUUCCAGAAUUCCUCGACGAACAUCCAGGAGGAGCGCAAAUCAUUUUACGAAGUGCGGGACAGGAUGCCACAAAGGAAUAUGAGAGCGUCCACAGUCCGGGCCUGAUUGAAGACACGCUUCCUCCAGCCGCUUUUCGUGGGAUUGUCCACCCUGACACCAUUGGCGACCUCCGAACAACAACCUCGCCCCGCACGUCAGACCGGCCACAGGGCAAUCGUAUUCCACCAUUGAGCUCGAUGAUUCGUGUCGAUGAUUUCGAGGCCGUCGCGGAGAGAUCCUUGAGUCCUCACGGAUGGGCCUAUUAUUCUUCUGGAGCAGACGAUGAAUAUAGCAAACAGGACGCACGUCGAGCUUUUCGCAAACUGACGUUACGACCACGGAUUCUUCGGGAGGUUGAUAUGGUUGAUACGAGAACGACCAUCCUGGGAAAGAGCUGUAGCAUGCCCGUGUAUGUAUCUCCGUCAGGAUUGGGUAAAUAUGCCCAUCCCGAGGCCGAGUGUGCAUUUGCGUCCGGGGCUGGGAAAGAAGGACUCAUCCAAGUCAUUCCGACAAGCCCGAGCAUGUCGAUCGAGAAGAUAGUAGGCGCCCGAGUGAGCCAAGAUCAGCCUGUCUUCUUUCAGCUGUACAUGAAUAGAGACUAUCAAAAGGCGGAAACAUUGAUCCGACGCGUUGAGAGCCUGGGGGUCAGCGCCAUAUGGCUCACCGUUGAUUCCCCGGUUCUUGGAAAACGGGAGCGUGAUGAUCGACUGAAAGCCCAGAUGAAUGAACAUGACCAGAUGGCCGCGAUCACGGAACGGAAAGUCGGUGUGGCCAAAUUGGCAACCGUUGGCCUUCUGAAUCCGAAGUUGAACUGGAAUGAUAUAUCUUGGAUCCGCCAGAUGACCAAAUUGCCGCUGGUUAUAAAAGGCAUUCAAAGCGUCGAGGACGCUGUUUUGGCUUGGGAGCAUGGAGUGGAGGGGAUCGUUCUCUCUAAUCAUGGAGGUCGAUCGCAAGAUACAGCUCAAGCACCUAUGAUCACGCUCCUGGAAAUCAGAAGAUAUGCACCUCAUCUCAUCGACAGCAAAAUGGAGAUAUUUGUGGACGGCGGUAUUCGUCGAGGCACGGAUGUUCUCAAAGCCCUGGCUUUAGGGGCUCGUGCGGUCGGACUGGGACGACCAUUUCUGUUCAGCCUCACCGGAGGUUAUGGAGAGGCCGGAUUCAGGAGAAUGGUACAAAUUCUGAGGGAAGAGCUCGAAGGGAAUAUGGCACUGGCGGGAGCCACAAAGAUCAGCGAACUUGUUCCUGAUAUGGUUAACACCAGGAGACUCGAAAGGGAAAUUAUCGGGUCCGUCAAAUUGUGA